CUAUUUGUGAUGCAGUAGAGAAUAGGCAGUUUGUGUUUGUACGCGACGACAGCGACUUUUCUCUUUUAAGCUGAACAAUAAUAAAGAUUCAUUUUUCGUUUUCAUUGAUCCGAGUAUUUAUUAAAACUGCAGCAAAAUGGCGAAAAUGGCAUUUCAGCAUCAGGCCGGAACGGCUAUGGAAUGUUUAAGCAUACCCAUAACGCUGCAUAAGGAAAAGGAUUACGACCAGGAAGGCAGAGAGAUACUGAAGUGUGGCUUUAAAAUUGGUGGUGGUAUAGAUCAAGACUACAAGAAAAGUCCGCAAGGGUACACAGACUAUGGCAUCUACGUGACAGAGGUGCACGAAGGUAGCCCAGCUGCACGGGCCGGUCUACGCAUACAUGACAAAAUACUGCAAUGCAACGGCUACGACUUCACAAUGGUCACCCAUAAAAAGGCAGUUAGCUAUAUAAGGAAGAACCCCAUACUUAACAUGCUGGUGGCACGCAAGGGCGUCACAUCCACAUAAUUUAAUGGGCUGGUAUCCAAACUUAA